AACAGUUGCAAGUGAGAGCGAACAUGAGCAAAAAAGCGAGUUUUGUAGUUGUUUUAGUUUUAUGCACUUUCGGCCAAAGUGGCAGUAAUUUAGUGUUAAAUGGUGACGGUCUAUUCACGAAGAUCAGCUGCCAUCGUGAGGAAACUGACGAAAAAUGCCUGGAAAGAGAGUCAGCGACGUCACCGCUGCCAAUUAGCUGGGAGCUGGAUAAGUUGAAAGAACCUACUAAAGACAACUUGACGCGUCAUAACACUGCGAACUCUGGAUUGCAGUUCCUGGAUAUUCCCUUAGGUGACGACUUAAAAAUCCGCGACUUACAGCUGGAGAAUCAGUUUGUGCUGUUCGAGGCGUUUUCCAAAUUAACUGGAUAUUUGCUUCCCAGUCAGUUUCCCAUUGGCCUCCUGAACGAGACUCUCGGAGGCAAACAACCCCUGCACUUCUGGGUGUUGCAAAUAUUAAAGUGGGAAAUUCCGGUCGUUGUCUGGAUAAUUUUCUGGGCGAUGCUCGCACUGUGUUUCCCGCUGGGAGUACUGGUUUCCCUUUGCUGCUCCCCAGAUGGCGAUGGAAACUGCGGAGAAACCAAAGGACGCUGGACUGAAACCACGCUCUCCUCUUUGCUCUAUUUACUCCUGAUUCUGCUGCUAUGUCCAUUGGCGCUGAUCCUGGCAAGCAAUGAGCAAAUAGCAAAGACAAUCGGCCAAUCGCCUGCUUUGGCAGCGCUGCUAUAUGGAGACAUUGGAAGAUUCAUCCGCAACUCCCAUAUGCAAAUUUCCUUUGUAGCGACUUCGUCCACUGACAUCGCGCUGGAAGCGAUCAGGCAGGACUUGGAAGACAUUGGCCGAUACGUGGGAGCGCCCUAUCAGCAGCAACUCUGCAAAGAAACCGGCCUGGAUCGCGCUUUGAUCGGCCUGGAGGAUCUGAAAGCCGAAACGGCGAGAGUUUCCUCAAUCGUGUCCGAUUUGCUUGCGGCGAGCGAUUCGGCCAAACGGGCAGGUGACACUUUGCAGGACGAAAUGCAGGAAAUAGCACGUCAGCUGGUCAGCAUCCAGCAGCAGUGCGACGCAAAAGAUAGAGCGCUUUGUUUUGCUGUCCAGUUUCCUGGAUACGACACGACAAUUGCGCUGGAAAAUAUAACCAACGACGCAAAAAUCCACCAACUCGAGCGACUGACAAAGGAUUCUUCCUUCAAUGCGAGCAUCGACUUCGCCAGGCGAAUUUACCACAACAUUCCCGAACAAAUGGCAGAAGAAUCAUCCCAGUUCGUUGCAGACAUUAAAUCGCUGUUAAGCCGCAAACGAGCGCAGAUUUACAAGUCCACACAUGAUCUGGACAUGUUUGCCAGGACGAUGUCGCAGAAGGUGAACGGAAGCAGGAAAGCAAUUUUCACUCAGCUCGAGAAUGUCGUUAAAUGGGAUUUGUGGCGCUGGAUGGCAAUAUUAGCCAUCGCCGCUCUGCUGGCUCUAACGUGGGGUUGUCUAAUCACUGGCGCGCCUCGCGGUUGCGGCACGAGAUUCAGAGCUGGGCCCUGCCUCAAAAUCGGCCUGAUCCUCUCCUGCUUGAGCUGCUGGGUUUUAUGGGCCUUAGGAGGCGCCGCCCUGCUGGCAGGAGGCAAUGGAGAGUCGCUGAUCUGCCAGCCAUUGCACGAUCAUCCCUACUAUGAGUUUCUGAGCAAACUUGCCCGAUCCGGCGGAGUUUUCCAGGCAAAUGACUCCAUUGACUUAGCCAGCGUGCUCAAAAGCUGCCAGCGCGACCUGUCGGCCUAUGAAACCUUCCGGCUCCACACGCGUCUGGAUUUGGACGCUUUCAACCACAAAACCUGGAGAAACUUUACGAAAAUCCUGGACCAGUUUGCCUCCACUGCGCCCAGUCUUGAACUAUUGAGCCCAGAAUUGCAGGAGAACUUGCAGACACUUGCAUCGACUACAGCAGCAAAUUUAUCCAGCUACAGACAGCAAUUGUCCGGCAAAGAGCGCGAUUUGGGCCCUUUUGCCGAACAGCUGAACAACAUAGCCAGACAGCUGCUUGACCCACUGGUGAGCAGGAAAUUCGACUACUUGGCGUUUUCCGUGCGAAACAUCGUCCAGAAUUCCGUACAAAGACUGAAUGGCUUGCGAGGAAACAUCCUAUACAAAAUCACCAUGUUGGAGGUAUUGCAGCCGCCGUUGAAUGGCUGUCUCCAUCGAUCACUGUCCCACCUCAAAACUGUUCAGUUUUUUCUGGACAAUCAAGCCUGGACUAUAUCGGAGCGGGCCAAAAGACAAUUUACGGCGAGACUCAAAAAUUACUUAGAACAGCUGCACGAUCACGUCGCCGGAAAAGUCGCCAAAGAGAUUGGAAAGUGUCGGCCGCUUUGGGCCAUUUUCCACGCAUCCAGAUUUCACGUGUGUAAAUUGAUGUUUGAUCCGGUGAAUGCCAUUGCCUUUGGCUGCCAUCUGCUCAUCUUGAUCCUCAUGGCCUUCGGGCCGAUUGUUGUGAAGCUUUUGCGACUUACCCCAGUGCAGGGUCGCCAAAGCUCCCGCUUGGCUCACCGCGACUCCCGCCAAGGGCUGAUUCUCCAAGAGGAGCCCAUCUGGACGACUCCGUCCUCUGAGUCCCCGCAAGCCCUGGAGAUGACUCGCGAAGCCCCCACAACAUGGCUGAGCCCUCCUCCAAGACCGCCCUCGAUUGAAGCCAGCAAGCUGUCGGCUCUGGCCUCAAGGAUAACGGGAACCAGGAAUUCGCCACUCGCCUCUCUUAGCACUGCCAGGACUCCCAGAAGAGCGCAGCCAUCUCAAGAGCUCGGUGCAUCCACUCCGAGAAGAUGGAUAUAAGUGAGGUGAUCAACCAUGUAAUCCGGAGGAAAUCGUAAAAAAGCUGUAACAUUGACCUCCUUCCGAGCCACUUAACACCGUAAUACAAUGAAUAAACCCAUUUAAAAACCA